CCAGUUCAUUUUCCCAUACUUCUAUAUUUAUUUGGUAGCCUAUAAGUAGCACUAAGAAAUCAUAAAAUACAUUUUAAGACUGAACAUGAGACCAGAGACUUAACAGACAUUUACUGCAGUGUUACUAUUAAAUACUAUUACAUAAUCAUAAAGGUCCCACAGCUCUUAUCAUUUUACCUCAGGUGUUCUAUUUUCAGACUCAGAAGAAGCAAAAGAAAAAUAAAAGACUAGAAAGACUAAACCAACAAAGAAGUACAGUGUGUGAAACAUUCAGUUCAACUAUAAGAGGAAGUAAACCAUUUUUAUUGGGAGAGUCACAUGAGUCCAUAAUGUGGUUUCUUCACAUCAGAUGGAUCUUUGCUGUGCUGGCCUCGUCUUUUGGCCGGUCAGUGGCACUGUAGUCCUCUCUGGAGCUCUCAAAGUAUAUUUCCCCCUCUCGCACUACAAAAGCAACAAUAACAACAGCUGCACUUAUCACACUGAGGACUUCACAGAGGAACAUGGCGUGAAGAUGACUUGAGAGAGCUGGGUUUUUUUUUCAGCGCCUUGCCCCCGCGGAGCUGUUGCACUUGUCUCAAUGGCAGAUCCGCUCUCAGACUGUUGUGCAGCUUUAUUUUAAGGCGCGGGGUUGUUUUGCGCGUCAACAAUAAGGACCAUGCUGCUGGAGCGACGGUGAGCGCGUUAAAUGAGCGCAUUUCACUCAAUGGCAUUUUAUAUUUAGCUCAGUGAGGGACGAGCUGGAAUAGCGGCGGAGCAGCGUGGAGAGGAGACCCUCGCCUUUUGAUCCUUUUUAGACCGUUUCGAGCCCCCAAAACUUGUUCAUAUCGCGGUGUGCGUUAUCGGGCUAUGUGGUGGUGAGGGCGCUGCUUGUGUGUGUGUGAGAGAGAGUGUGUGUGUGUGUGUGAGAAGGAGAGAGAGAGAGAGAGAGAGGGAGAGAGAGAAGGAGAGAGAGAGAGGGAAUAGCGCUAAUUUAUCUACAGCUCCGGGGGAAAGAAGAUGAUGAUGGCCGGUGGUGGCGGAGCAACCGUGGACCAUAACGGGAUAUACUCCAACCCGAACCUCCACAGCCUGCAGCAGCCCCUUAUGGAGGCUGACAGCCCGGACUCCCGCAAACGACCGCUGGAAACUCCGACGGAGGAGGCCGGCUGUACCAAGCGUACCAACACGGGAGAGGAGGGUGAGUACUUCCUGAAGGUGCUGAUCCCCAGCUAUGCAGCCGGCUCUAUAAUUGGCAAGGGCGGCCAGACCAUCGUACAACUGCAGAAAGAGACGGGUGCCACCAUUAAGCUGUCCAAAUCCAAAGACUUCUACCCAGGAACAACAGAACGCGUCUGUCUGAUACAGGGUACAGUCGAAGCCCUCAAUGGUGUUCACAACUUCAUCGCGGAGAAAGUCCGCGAGAUGCCCCAGAGCGCCCAGAAACCCGAGCCAGUCAGCAUACUGCAGCCACAGACCACUGUCAACCCCGACCGUGUCAAACAGGCCAAAUUGAUCGUGCCCAAUAGCACAGCUGGGCUGAUCAUUGGCAAGGGCGGAGCCACAGUGAAGGCAGUGAUGGAGCAGUCAGGGGCUUGGGUACAGCUCUCCCAGAAGCCAGAGGGCAUCAACCUGCAGGAGCGAGUGGUAACCAUCAGUGGGGAGCCUGAGCAGAACCGCAAGGCUGUGGAAAUCAUAGUGCAGAAGAUCCAGGAGGACCCUCAGAGCAGCAGCUGUCUCAACAUCAGCUAUUCUAACGUCUCGGGCCCAGUGGCAAACUCCAACCCCACCGGCUCCCCCUACGCCAACACCGCUGAGGUGCUGCCCAACGCCGCCGCAGCAGCCGCCACUGCCUCCAGCCUUCUGGGUCAGGCCGGCUUGACAGGAAUGGGCGCCUUCCCCGCAGCCAUGUCCAGCUUCUCUGGCAAUGAUCUGCUGGCCAUCACCUCAGCCCUCAAUACACUGGCCAGCUAUGGCUACAACACUAACACCCUCGGGCUGGGCCUCAACCCUGCAGCUGCUUCUGGGGUCCUUGCUGCAGUAGCAGCUAGUGCUAACCCGGCUGCUGCUGCUGCAGCUAACCUGCUGGCCUCCUAUGCCAGCGACGCCUCCAGCAGUGCUGGCCACCCUGCUACAGGCCUUGGUGGGUUCUCCCUGGGUUCUCUAGCAGCUGCCACAGGGGCUUCUAAUGGUUACCUAAAUGCUUCAUCCCCACUGAUGGCCUCCUCCCUAUUGGCAACAGAGAAGCUGGCAGAUGGGGCCAAGGACGUGGUUGAGAUAGCUGUUCCCGAGAAUCUGGUUGGCGCCAUUUUGGGGAAAGGAGGGAAAACGCUGGUUGAGUACCAGGAGCUAACAGGAGCCCGCAUCCAGAUCUCCAAAAAGGGAGAGUUCAUUCCUGGUACUCGGAACCGUAAAGUUACCAUAACAGGGUCGCCAGCCGCUACACAAGCAGCGCAGUAUCUGAUCAGCCAGCGGAUCACUUACGAGCAGGGUGUGCGAGCUACCAACCCACAAAAGGUGGGCUAAAAGGAAAAAGAAGAGGAAAGAAGGAAAGGAUGAAGACAGAGAUAGAAGGGAAUUGAGAGGGUCACGAUGAAUAGAAAAAAGAAAUGUCCAAAUAUCUGUUCAAUAUUUCAGUAUCAAAUGAGAGAAUCACAAAGGAGGAGGUGGGGGAGACAACCAAGAUAAGUGUGUGUGAUAUGUGAAUGUGUUUUUAGGACUGACGUCCUGAUGUUUUUUAAAAGUUUGUGUCGAGUCCUUUUGACGAUGGUGAUCAGAGUAAGCUGAACUGGUCCACUGCCAAGCUGCAGAUUCAGGGGUGAAGCCGCAGGGUUUCACCCUCCUCCAAAACCUCAUAGUUGUUUUAUUUUUUCCUUUUUUUUUUUUUUUUUUCUUUUCUUUUUUGGUUUGGUUUGUUGGUUUUCAUUUCGGUUGCAAACCUCAGCUCCCGGUGAGUUGAGCGUGUCAGAUGAAGUUCCAGCCAGCUAACAGAGCUGUUCUACAAACCUUGCUCUUUGUAUACAAUGCAGACGGCAUUGUUGACAGGGGACAGGUUUUAUGACAAGCACCUGAGGUCAUCUCAGUCUAUGGGGAAGCAAUCUGAGUAUAAUUUCUUUAAAGAAAUGGC